GCCAGCCUCGGCCCGCACGAGGCUCGCCGCUGCUUCGUCCCAGGAUCUGAGCUCGGUGCGCGCGCCGGCGACGAAAGAACCGAGGGCCGUGGUAACGCCGAUCGCGGGAGCAACAGACAGCCAUGAUCAACCCGGAGGUCGGCAGGCGCGCCUCGGGCUACUUCGAACGGGGGCACCACCGGGCAGAAGGGGUGCCGGAUAUCGCUGUCCUGAAGACUGUGCGCCCUCCACCCUGCGAGGUGCCCAUCAUCCCGGACGCCCUGGUGUAUUUCGGGAGUGGCGCGGCUGUCAUCGUGGUCUUCCUCGGGCUCUGCGUCAUGGCCUACAUGCUCAUCUUCACAGAAGGUCGAAGCCACGACAUGGACGAGCUGUACGGCUUCAUGUGACGACGGCCCGGUCGACAGACGCGGGGAAAGCAGGCUCGGACCAGCCGAGGCGACACACCGUUGCCGGUAGAGAGCCGGUGCUGCCCUGACUACAAUCAUCUCAUUCGAAUGAAAAUAUUUCCCCCAA